UUGUUAUACCUCUAUGAACCGUAAUGGCGUCGGUCGCAUCGAUGUCGCAACUCAACUCGCAAUCUCAAUAGUCGGUGUGUUGUGAACGUAACGUUUUGAGUGCGUUUACAGAGUAAGAAUUAACUAUCGAGUAAUUAAACAUCAUUUUAACACGGGGAUAGCAGCAUCUAUACUGCGAAAUGGCGAUUCCGCCAUACAUUCUGGGGCCCAAUCCCUGGGCAUCGAUGAUGGUACAGCAGCAGGCACAUGCUCAAAUUGCAGCAGCACAAGCCCACGCCCAGGCCCAUGCCCAGGCCCAUGCUCAGGCACAGGUUGUGGCCCAGGCACAGGCAGCCCAUGCUCAUGCUCAGAUGCAGGCAGUGCAUCAACUACAACAGGCCCAGCAGCCAGUACCUGUGCCCAUGCCCUUACCCAAACAGCCAGAAGUUCUAACUGAAGAGAAGCUUCAAGAGAAAGCUCAAAAAUGGCAACAACUUCAGUCCAAGAGAUUUUCUGAGAAGAGGAAAUUUGGUUUUGUCGAUGCACAAAAAGAAGACAUGCCUCCAGAACACAUAAGAAAGAUUAUCAGAGAUCAUGGUGAUAUGAGCAGCCGCAAAUAUAGACAUGAUAAGAGAGUUUACCUAGGUGCUCUCAAGUACAUGCCACAUGCUGUGAUGAAACUGCUAGAGAAUAUGCCAAUGCCGUGGGAACAGAUUCGAGAUGUGAAGGCUCUCUACCAUAUUACAGGAGCAAUUACUUUCGUCAACGAAAUUCCCUGGGUCAUCGAGCCUGUCUACAUUGCCCAGUGGGGAACAAUGUGGAUCAUGAUGAGGCGUGAGAAGAGAGACAGGCGACACUUCAAGCGAAUGAGGUUCCCACCUUUUGAUGAUGAGGAGCCUCCACUGGACUAUGCAGAUAACGUGUUAGACGUAGAACCUCUUGAGGCUAUACAGAUAGAGCUGGACCCAGAUGAGGAUGGGGCAGUUGCCAAAUGGUUCUACGAUCACAAGCCUCUUGUUGGCACCAAGUAUGUAAAUGGAUCAACCUAUCGCAAGUGGAACCUUUCAUUGCCACAGUUGGCUACAUUGUAUCGUCUAGCCAACCAACUUCUGACAGACUUGGUGGACAGCAAUUAUUUCUAUCUAUUUGACCACAAGUCCUUCUUCACUGCUAAGGCUCUCAAUAUGGCCAUCCCUGGAGGACCCAAGUUUGAACCUCUUAUCAAGGACUCUAAUCCUGCGGAUGAAGACUGGAAUGAGUUCAAUGAUAUAAACAAGAUCAUCAUCCGUCAGCCAAUACGGACAGAGUACAGGAUCGCUUUCCCUUACCUAUACAACAAUCUACCCCACUACGUGCAUUUAUCUUGGUACCAUGCGCCCAAUGUUGUCUACAUCAAAACGGAAGAUCCAGAUCUGCCUGCUUUCUACUUUGAUCCAUUGAUCAACCCAAUCUCCCACAGACAUUCACUCAAGGUCGCUGAGCCACUUCCUGACGAUGAUGAGGAGUUUGAGUUGCCGGAAGAAGUGCAACCGUUCCUACAGGAGACUCCGCUGUACACUGACAACACAGCCAACGGCAUAUCAUUGUUGUGGGCCCCUCGUCCCUUCAACAUCCGUUCAGGACGAUGCAGAAGGGCCAUAGAUGUACCGCUGGUGAAGUGCUGGUACAGGGAGCAUGUUCCCCCGUGUCAGCCUGUCAAGGUGCGAGUCAGCUACCAGAAGCUGCUCAAGUACUAUGUACUCAACGCUCUCAAGCACCGACCACCUAAACCCCAGAAGAAAAGAUAUUUGUUCCGGUCAUUCAAGUCAACCAAGUUCUUCCAGACUACAACUCUGGACUGGGUGGAGGCUGGCCUGCAGGUGUGCCGCCAGGGCUACAACAUGCUCAACCUGCUCAUCCAUCGCAAGAACCUUAAUUAUCUCCAUCUCGACUACAACUUCAACCUCAAGCCUGUCAAGACACUCACCACCAAGGAGAGGAAAAAGUCUCGAUUCGGAAAUGCUUUCCACUUGUGUCGAGAGAUCUUGCGGUUGACUAAGCUCAUCAUCGACUCACAUGUCCAGUACAGACUGAACAAUGUGGACGCGUUCCAGCUUGCAGAUGGGCUCCAGUAUGUGUUUGCACACGUAGGCCAGCUGACUGGCAUGUACCGAUACAAGUACAAACUCAUGAGACAGAUCCGCAUGUGCAAGGAUCUGAAACAUCUCAUCUACUACCGGUUCAACACUGGACCAGUAGGCAAGGGACCAGGCUGUGGGUUCUGGGCGCCAGGCUGGCGGGUGUGGCUGUUCUUCAUGCGAGGAAUCACCCCCCUCCUGGAGCGCUGGUUGGGCAACCUUCUGUCCAGGCAGUUCGAGGGUCGACAUUCCAAGGGCGUGGCCAAGACUGUCACCAAGCAGCGAGUUGAGAGUCACUUCGACCUUGAACUCAGGGCAUCGGUGAUGCAUGACAUCGUGGACAUGAUGCCUGAAGGGAUCAAGCAGAACAAGGCAAGAACAAUCUUGCAGCACUUGUCAGAGGCCUGGCGAUGCUGGAAGGCCAACAUCCCAUGGAAAGUACCAGGACUACCAACACCGAUAGAAAACAUGAUUCUGAGGUACGUGAAGAUGAAGGCGGACUGGUGGACCAACACAGCCCACUACAACCGUGAGAGGAUCCGACGGGGUGCCACAGUGGACAAGACUGUGUGCAAAAAGAAUCUGGGUCGUCUGACCAGACUGUAUCUCAAGGCAGAGCAGGAGCGCCAACACAACUACCUCAAGGACGGUCCAUAUAUUUCUCCAGAAGAGGCAGUUGCCAUCUACACGACCACCGUGCACUGGCUGGAGUCUCGCCGGUUCGCACCUAUCCCCUUUCCACCCCUCUCUUACAAGCAUGACACAAAGCUGCUCAUCUUAGCUCUUGAGCGGCUCAAAGAGGCUUACAGUGUAAAGUCAAGGUUGAACCAAAGCCAGCGAGAAGAGUUGGGCUUGAUAGAACAAGCUUAUGACAAUCCUCACGAGGCCUUGUCAAGGAUCAAGCGUCAUCUUCUCACACAGAGAGCAUUCAAAGAGGUGGGGAUCGAGUUCAUGGAUCUGUACUCCCACCUGGUACCCGUGUACGAUGUGGAGCCACUGGAGAAGAUCACAGAUGCCUACUUGGACCAGUAUCUGUGGUACGAGGCCGACAAGAGACGGCUGUUCCCGCCUUGGGUCAAACCCUCUGACACAGAGCCUCCCCCAUUGCUUGUCUACAAAUGGUGUCAAGGCAUCAACAACCUACAAGACGUCUGGGAUGUAAGUGAAGCCGAGUGCAAUGUCCUGUUGGAGUCCAAGUUUGAGAAGAUCUACGAGAAGAUUGAUUUGACCUUGCUUAACAGACUGUUGCGUCUCAUCGUCGACCACAACAUUGCUGAUUACAUGACGGCCAAGAACAACGUGGUUAUCAACUACAAGGACAUGAACCACACAAACAGCUACGGUAUCAUCCGAGGGUUGCAGUUCGCCUCGUUCAUCGUACAGUACUACGGGCUGGUACUGGACCUACUAGUGCUGGGGCUGCAGAGAGCCUCCGAGAUGGCAGGACCUCCGCAGAUGCCCAACGACUUCCUCACCUUCCAGGACAUCAACACUGAAGCGGCCCACCCCAUCAGGCUCUUCUGCCGGUACAUCGACCGUGUCCACAUAUUUUUCAGGUUCACAGCAGAAGAAGCUCGAGACCUGAUCCAGAGGUAUCUGACAGAACAUCCAGAUCCAAACAAUGAGAACAUUGUGGGCUAUAACAAUAAGAAGUGCUGGCCCAGGGACGCACGCAUGCGCCUCAUGAAGCACGACGUUAAUCUGGGGAGAGCAGUGUUCUGGGACAUAAAGAACCGACUGCCUCGCUCCACCACCACCAUCCAGUGGGAGAACAGCUUCGUCAGUGUUUACUCCAAGGACAACCCUAACCUCUUGUUCAACAUGAGUGGCUUUGAGUGCCGCAUAUUGCCAAAGUGCCGCACAACCCACGAGGAGUUUACGCACCGAGAUGGAGUGUGGAACCUGCAGAAUGAAGUGACCAAGGAGCGGACAGCCCAGUGCUUCCUGCGUGUUGAUGAUGAGUCACUGCAACGCUUCCACAACCGAGUGCGUCAGAUCCUGAUGGCCAGCGGUUCUACCACUUUCACCAAGAUUGUGAACAAGUGGAACACGGCGCUGAUCGGUCUCAUGACCUACUUCCGAGAGGCCGUGGUGAACACCCAGGAACUGCUGGACCUGCUGGUGAAAUGUGAGAACAAGAUACAGACCCGUAUCAAGAUUGGUCUCAACUCUAAGAUGCCUUCCAGGUUCCCGCCAGUGGUGUUCUACACACCUAAGGAGCUGGGAGGCCUGGGCAUGUUGUCCAUGGGCCAUGUCCUCAUUCCUCAGUCCGAUCUGAGGUGGUCAAAGCAAACGGAUGUCGGCAUCACCCACUUCCGAUCCGGUAUGAGUCACGAUGAGGAUCAGCUGAUCCCCAACUUGUACCGGUACAUCCAGCCGUGGGAGUCAGAGUUCAUUGACUCUCAGAGAGUGUGGGCUGAAUACGCUCUCAAGCGACAGGAGGCCAACGCUCAGAACAGGCGAUUGACACUAGAAGAUCUGGAGGAUAGCUGGGACAGAGGUAUCCCCAGGAUCAACACCCUCUUCCAGAAAGACAGACACACCCUCGCAUAUGACAAGGGUUGGAGAAUCAGGACAGAAUUCAAGCAGUAUCAGGUGUUGAAACAAAACCCUUUCUGGUGGACGCACCAGCGCCACGACGGAAAGUUGUGGAACCUCAACAACUACCGGACCGACAUGAUACAGGCUCUCGGAGGUGUGGAGGGCAUACUGGAGCACACAUUGUUCAAGGGCACCUACUUCCCCACCUGGGAGGGUCUCUUCUGGGAAAAGGCAUCAGGAUUUGAGGAAUCGAUGAAGUACAAGAAGCUGACCAAUGCCCAGAGAUCUGGUUUGAAUCAGAUUCCGAACCGUAGGUUCACCCUGUGGUGGUCUCCAACUAUCAACAGAGCCAAUGUGUACGUUGGUUUCCAGGUGCAACUUGACCUGACUGGUAUUUUCAUGCACGGCAAGAUCCCAACCCUCAAGAUCUCACUGAUUCAGAUCUUCCGAGCCCAUUUGUGGCAGAAAGUGCACGAGUCGAUUGUCAUGGAUCUUUGUCAGCAGAAGGUGGCUCCAAUACCCCAUCCUGAAUAUCCUUUGAGCUUGGAAGCUACACAGAAGACCUUAUAG